AAAACGUCAUAAUCGAAUAAUAAUUACUGUGUAAAUGUCUUUUAUAAACACGAAACACGAACGAAAAUUUACACUUAUUUUAAAAUGGUCGUGAGGAUUGUAAUAGCUGGUGAAUCUCAAUGUGAGCUUUUUGCGGAGAUGUGCUUAGUGGCAGAUCAUUUGCUUCAAAAUCUUCCAAAUUUUUGCUAUGAACGUUUAGAAAAAAAGGUUGCCGAUUGGGGGACAUGGCUGGGUAAAAUAAAUCAAAAAAAUGGCUGGCAUCACCAAAGUUCACCAUUGAUUUGGAAAGAAUUACUGUUCAAAGGAAGUAAAGCUUAUUACAUAGGAGGAGCUUCAGAAUUUUUAGAUUAUUGUCAUUCAUACUAUAAUUUUGAAAAAUUUAUGGCUUUAGAUAAAUUCGGUAGUCUAGUUAAGAACAAUAAGCAGUUCCAAUUAAAGGUCAAAGAAGAUAAGGAAUUAGUAGCAGAAUUAGAAGAAAAACAGGAAGUUAUGGACGCACCAACAAAAACGACUUAUAAUAUUUGCAUAUCCGGAGCUGGAAGUCCUAUGACGAAAUAUUUGAUCUCGGGCUUACUAAAAAUUAAUCACAAUGGUAGAAGUAUUACGAAACUUUAUAUAAACGAUAACCGUUGCGCACCAGAUUUUAUGGAAUAUGUCGAAGAUGAAUGUAGUUACACCGCUACUACCCAACCUGGAAAGGUGGUAAAAUAUGUCGAAAAAAUUGGUUUUGUCCUUUCAUACACCGAUUUAUUAAUAAUAUUGGAUUAUGUUCCUUUUAACCCAAAAUUACCAAUCGGAGAUUGGCUUCAUCAAAAUAAGGAACUGAUGGAAGACAUUGCAGUAAAUAUAAACGUUUCAGCUUCUCGAAAAAUGUAUGUUCUGUUACCUAACUUAGGACCUGCGUGUUACAAUGCAACAGUUUUAAUGAAUUCCACUACUAGUAUUAAUAAAAAAAACAUAGUAGUGGCUACAUCUGAUCUAGGCUUUGAUGUCAUUCAAACAGCAGCAGAAAUUUGCCAAGUGCCGAUGAAAAAUAUAUAUAGUCCACCUGUUUGGGGCUUUGUGGGAAUAAAUCAUUUGGUAGAUAUUAGAACUACUAUUCAUAAAUACAAUACAUUUGAACCAUAUAACAGAUAUAUUAAAGUAAAAAACUCCACACUGAACAUUGGAUCUAUUACACCGGAAAUGCGUACAUUGGAAUAUUUGAUGUAUUUUGAUGAUACCCUUUGGAAGAAACAAACUGAAAGUAAGCUGGACCCCGGUAAACUAUAUCUGAACAAGUCUGUGGCUGUUUUAAAUAUUAUUAAGCUUUGGCUUUUUGAUCCACAACCGACGUUCAUAUAUAAUUUGGGAAUACGUUGCAAUGGUGCUUUUGGAUUAAAUUUCAAAGGAGCCUUCUCUCAGCCUGCACGGUUCAAGCAUGGCGAAUGGCGACCUGCCAAACAUUUUCCCUUACCAAAAGAUCCCAAUAUGAAUUUAAAAUAUUUAGAAGAUAUUGCUAACUUAAUGAUGAAUUUGAAAAACCACGAAUUACCUGAAAUUCAUCAAUACUUUCCGUGUACAUGUAAACCUAAAUAUUUUAAGAAAAAGGAAUUCCGAGCUUACGACUAAGCUAUCAAAUUUUUAGCAUUUUUACAGAUUUUUUUUCUUUUCUUAAUACCCUAUGAAGUUUUAACUUCAUGCUGAUUUCCGGGUAAAAAGAGUUCAAUAACAGCUUCAAUCUCGGAAUUCUAUUCUUCGUGAUGAACUUUAACAUACUCAACGUUGUAUUCAGUGAACAACUAUUUUUUACACAACUACAUGCAUAAUUCUAGCAUACUCUUCGAAUACAGAUUCUAAUUUUAAAACAAUUUAAAAUCGAAUAGACUGCUUCAUUUCUGAACGAAAUUCGCAGAAUCUCAACAAGCACAGGUAGGUAGGAAGGAACAACACUAGUUUAGUUAUAUACGAGACGUUGCCUGAAUAACAUCGCCUGUCUCUGUCCUGUCAUUAUUUUGUUUUGUGGAGGAAUGUUAUGACGUGCAGCAACUGUCUUUGUUUCAACAACAUUCGCGUAGUUUUCUGCCUGUAGAAGAAUUCUCCCAUUAUGUGAUAAAUCGCUGACAAAAGGCAGUUCAGCGAAGUUCUUGCGUUAUGAUUAUUUCAAAAGUAUGAUCGUGCCAAUAGGUGUUAUUAGCAUAGUUAGGUUUUCAUAUUGGUUAAGUUGUGUGAAUGUUGUGCCAAUAAUGAGAUAGUGUAGUGUUGUGAUGUGGUUAUGGGACAUGUGGGGUGUGCUGUGGGCGGUGGAGGCAGUGGCCCAAUUGGUGGCGGUGGUGGCAACGCCGCUGGAUCCGACAUCGACAAUCCCGCAAGGUGAGAGGCGAACGAAGAACCUUGCCUGUUGCCACCCACAUCGCCUCAAUCCCCGCUUGCUGACAUUGCAUGCGCUUAUGCACUACCUGCACACAUCUAGUUAUGUUUAUGUUAUUAUAAAAUAUAGUUUAUUUUCUUUACCAAAAUUUCACAAUAAAGUUCUAUGUUCAGUUUC